AAAUGCAAGCCAGACUAUUAUAGCCCCCAUGGAAAGGCUGAAACAGCUAGGAUAUCACCUGUGAACCGGAAGUAGCCCCUGUGGAGCGGAACAUAUAUAUCUAGUCUGUAGCCCUAGAAGAGCCAGGCGGAGAGCAACCUAGCGCUGCCCAUAAGACCUUUAACAGCAACAACGGAAAGCAAAUCGGUCUUCAGGUCAGACAAUACCUGCGUUUCCCUAAAAGCACUCUUUUUCUAAAACUACCAAGUCUAAAGACUUGUUUUCAAAUGUCUUCUAGAAAUUCAAAAAAAAUACCCCGGCUCUCCAUGGCAAAGAACAGGAACUCGACACGCUCGGUUGUGGAAAUAGCUGUUCCUAGCCGUUCAGUUAAGAAAAGGGAGCGGGUGGCUGACUUUCAGACUAAGAACCCGGAAAAACUGGGUCAAGCCAAACAGGGUCACCAGGGCAUGCUAACACAGGAAGUAGCCACAGAGGAACCCAAUGAGGCUUUACUGGGCCUCCAAGAGAAAGUCGAGACCGGUGGAAAUCCACUAGUAAACCCGCAGGCCUCUGGCCUAGUGACGGUAGCCAUGGCAACUCGCUUGGCCGUUGUCAGAGGGAACCAGUCUUUGUCUGGCCCGGUGACCACAGCCAUGUCCACGCGCUUGUCCGUGGACGGGGAGAGCCAAUCCUCGCCAGAUCCAACGACCACAGCCAUGGCUACGAGCUUGGCUGUUGCCAGAAAAAGUCAGUCCUCAUCUGUCCCGGUGGCCACAGCCAUGUCCACGCGCUUAUCCAUGGCCAGAAAGAGCCAGUCUUCGCCAGGCCCAAUGACCACAGCCACAGCUACGCGCUUCGCUGUUGCCAGAAAAAGUCAAUCCUCAUCUGGCCUGGGGACCACAGCCAUGUCCACGCGCUUGUCCAUGACCAGAAAAGGCCAAUCUUCGCCAAGCACAAUGGCCACAGCUAUGGCUACACGCUUCGGUGUUGCCAAGAAAAGUCAGUCUUCAUCUGUUCCAGUGACCACAGCCAUGUCCACGCUCUUGUCCAUGGCCAGAAAGAGCCAGUCUUCGCCAGGCCCAAUAAGCGCAGCCAUGGCUAUGCGCUUGGCCGUUGCCAGAAAAAGUCACUCUUCAUCUGGCCUGGGGACCACAGCCAUGUCCACGCUCUUCUCUGUGACCAGAAAGAGCCAAUUUUCGCCAGGCCCAAUGGCCACAUGCUUGGCCAUUGACAGAAAUAGUCCCACAACUAUAACCACGCGAUUGGCCAGUCACAGAAAAAAUAAAUUUCCAUCUGACCCGGUGACCAGAGCUACAGCCACAUGCUUAGCAUUUGCCAAUGAUGGCCAUUCUUUAUCUGGCCCUGUGACCACAGCCAUGGCAACAGGCUUAGCUGUUACCAAAAAGAGUCAACUGAUGUCUGAUCUGAUAACUGCCCCCACUGCCACACACUUGGUAGCUGCCAAAAACAGUCAUUCUCUGUCUGACAAAGAGAUGGCAGCCAUACCCAUGCAGUUGGCUGUUACCAGCAAAAGUCAAUCUUCAUCUUGCCCCAUGACCACAGACCUGGCCACACCAUUAACUAUUGCUACUACAGGACAAUCUCCAUCCCUAGAUACAAGUAACAUGAAACAACCAGUUACAGAAACAACUAACAAGAAGACACCUGUUCCAGAUGAGAUGGCCAAAAACAAGCAACUUACUAGCAAGAAAAGACCUGAAAGGCAGGUGCGUUUCAGCGUAAGGGUGACAGAGAGUUCCUUCAGAUUCAGAGAUAUCGUAGUGAGGAAGCAAGAUGGCUUCACCCACAUCUUUUUAUCCACAAAGUCAUCAGAAAAUAACUCACUAAAUUUAGAAGUGAUGAAUGAAGUUCAGAAUGCUCUGAACAAGGCUGCUAAUGACGACAGCAAGUUGGUACUUCUCAGUGCGAUUGGCAGUGUCUUCUGUUUUGGCCUGGACUUUUCUUAUUUUAUACAGCGUCUCACAGGAGACAAGAAAAGAGAAAGCACUAAAAUGGCAGGAUCGAUAAAAAAUUUUGUGAAUACUUUCAUUCGUUUUAAGAAGCCUAUUAUUGCAGCAGUCAAUGGUCCAGCCAUUGGACUGGGAGCAUCUAUAUUGCCUCUUUGUGAUGUGGUUUGGGCUAAUGAAAAGGCUUGGUUUCAAACACCCUAUACCACCUUUGGACAGAGUCCAGAUGGUUGCUCCAGCUUUACGUUUCCCAAGAUUAUGGGAGAAGCCUCUGCAAAUGAAAUGUUACUCAGUGGGCGGAAGCUAACAGCUCAGGAAGCUUGUAAGAAGGGCCUGGUCUCCCAGGUAUUUUGGCCACAGACCUUCACCCAAGAAGUCAUGAUUCGAAUCAAGGAGCUGGCCUCAUGCAAUGCAGUUGUCCUGGAAGAGACAAAAGCCCUCAUGCGCUUCAACACCAAGACAGAAUUAGAGCAGGCCAAUGAGAGGGAGUGCACAGUGCUGAAGAAUAUUUGGGGCUCUGUGGAAGGGGUAGAUGCCAUGAUAAAAUACUUGCAGAAGAAAAUCGAGUACUGACAAGUUGCAAUGACACCGAUGCCCCUGGAACUGCUUUAAGUAGAACAUUAGGAUACCACUAGUUCCCAGUUAUGAAAACUUUAAAGCCUGAAACAAUGUCACCUGUAGCUCAUGCCUAGAAGUAGAACUGGAACACCAAAGCUAUCACCAAAGACUUUUAAAGAACUGUGACUUUAAAAUCACUAACUGCAAAGUACCUUUAAUCCAAUGUCCUUAUCUUAUAUUCAUAUACAAGCAAGUAUGAAAAGGUAAUGGUGAGCACUUCUUUGGCCAGCACUAUAUUAAAAAUGACUAUUUCAUUCUUUUCAGGUAA